UAAGGUCUAACAUUAAUCUUUUCUGCAGUUUCACUUUCUAUAGAAUUAAUUGUCAUAUCCAUUAAGCACUCCUUUGGAUUUACUUAUAGAUAAUUCUUUGACCUUCAGGCAAGAAAAGUUCCAUUCCACUGAUACAAGGGAAACAGAUAGCAUCAGCAAAAUUCUUAUGGCUAAAUACAAUCCAAGAAAAAUGAGUAAAGCUCAUAAUUUCAAGAAACAGAAUUAUUAUUCGCUGAAGAAAGAGGCUUUAGCAACUGGUGUUCCUUUCAGUGAUCCACUUUUUCCUGCUGAUAAUGUAUCACUCUUUUAUAGUGGAAAUUCUUCACGUCUUCCUGGUCGUGUCAUUUGGAAGAGACCAAAGGAACUAUGUUCUACACCAAGACUAUUUGUAGAUGGAAUUACUAGCUGUGAUGUUGUUCAAGGUUCACUUGGCAAUUGUUGGUUCAUAGCUGCCUGCUCUUCAUUAGCACAAGAGAAGGAAGCAUGGCAUAAAGUAAUUCCUGAUUACAGAGAGCAAGAGCAAUGCUUUACAAAUCCACAUUGCUAUACAGGAAUUUUUAAAUUUCGUUUUUGGCAGUUUGGUGAUUGGAUAGAAGUUGUAAUUGAUGAUCGCCUUCCAACUGUAAAUGGUCAAUUGAUAUAUACUCAUUCACAUGAAAAAAAUGAAUUUUGGGGUCCUCUACUAGAGAAAGCUUAUGCAAAGUUGAUGGGUAGUUAUGAAGCCCUUGAAGGUGGAAAUUUGUCAGAUGCAUUAGUAGAUUUCACAGGAGGUAUUUCUGAACAAAUUAAUUUACAAAAAGGAAUGUAUAAUUCUGAUUUGGAUAAACAAAAAAAAUUAUUUAAAACAAUGAUGGCAGAAAUUGAAAAGCAUUCAUUAAUGUGUUGUGCAAUUAAUGCUCAGAAUAAAGAAGAAAUGGAAACACGUACUUCAUUCGGAUUAGUGAAAGGUCAUGCCUAUGGCAUUACUGCAGUUAAAUCAGUAUAUAUUGGAGACACUGGUUUAAUAUCUUUUUUCAAAGGAAGAGAGAAAAUUUUUAUGGUCCGUUUAAGAAAUCCUUGGGGAGGGCAUGAAUGGACUGGUCCAUUUAGUGAUGGCUGGUGUUAUAGUUCAUCAAAAUUGACCAAACUUCUUUCUAGUUCACCAGAAUGGUCAAAAAUAUCUGAAAGUGAAAGACAAAGAAUAGGAUUAACUUUUGAAGAGGAUGGAGAAUUUUGGAUGCCAUUUGAAGAUUUUUGUACUCAUUUUACUGAUCUGUCGAUGUGUUUAUUAGUAAAUACUUCAUGGUUCAGUUUUAGCAAAAGCUGGCAUGAAAUGUCACUUUAUGGUCGAUGGACAACUGGUGUGAAAGGAUCUAAGUAUGAUAAUGCUGGUGGCUGUAUUAGUAAUGAAGAAACAUUUCUAAGAAAUCCACAGUAUCGUUUUGAUAUAACUGGUGAAAUGGAUUCAAUUAUGAUAUAUCUUCUUCAGAAAGACAAGAGAAAUAUGAAGAAAGAUAAUAUUAAAAAUUGUACAAUAGGAUUUUCUAUUUUAAAGGUGGAAUCAAAUAGAAAGUAUAAAGUUCAUAAGAUACAAAAUGUAAUAGAAAAUUCUGAUUAUAUUCGAACAAGAGGAGUAUUUAAAAGAUUAACACUUCAUAGAGGUCGAUAUGUUGUCAUCCCAACUACAUUUAAUCCAGGAGAAGAAAAUGAAUUUCUUUUACGAAUCUUUACAGGCAAAGAUGCCAAUGUUAAAAAAAUGACAAAAGAAAUGCCCAAACAUAGUUUCUUUCCAUGUAUUUCAUAUCCUUGUGCCAUCACAGCAAUUACAAUUAGAAAAGCUACUGGUUUGGAAAAAAGAGAUUUAUUUGCAUCCUGUGAUCCUUAUUGUAUUAUUAAAUGUGAAGGUGCAAAAGUUAGAACACACACUUGUUGCAAGACAUUGAAUCCGGAAUGGAAUUUUAGUGCAAUUUUUUAUCGUAAAAAAAUUCAAAAUCCUAUUAUAAUCGAAAUUUGGAAUCACAAUAUAUUAAAAGACACAUUUAUGGGAUUGGCUAUAGUAGAAGCACCUGUGUCUUCAAAUGAUACAAUUUCUUAUUCAUUGUCUUUGUAUGAACAGAAAAAUUGUGUAGAUACGAGACCAGGAAAACUUGAAGUGACAGCUAUAACCAGUGAUGUAUUGAAGGAAUUAUGAG